AUGGAUUAUUGUAUCCUAAAAAUUUACCAUUGUUUGAAAUAUGAUUUAAGCUUACACAACUUGAUUGAGAAUUACAAGGACAUAAUUGUGGCCUUUUCUCAUCCCAUGAAAACGGAGUUGUAUCUCUACAUAUCUUUUCUCCUUUUGAUCGUUUUCUGCAAAACGCAAGGAAGGGGAAAGGCCAAUUUAUUUUACAGAAAGAAAAGAAACACCUUAGCGGAGUACGUAGAGUCCAAUAAAGGCGCGCACGGUAAGGCCUAUGAUGUGCACAUAUACUCCAGGAUUUUGAAGAGUGCCGAUUUGUUCAGUGACAUUUUGGAAGAGCACAAACCUCAGAUGGGGAAGGAAGGCUCAGCAGAUGGGGACGGCGCUGCAGAUAGUGACGGCGCUGUAGAUGCGGGAACCAUAUCGUACGUCCACUUUGCGGUUAUCCUUUUGACGCUAAUUAUAUACCCAAUGGAGGGGAGCGAAAGUAAGCAGCAAAGUCAAACAGGAAAAGGGAAUGGGAGGCCCCGUUUCGAGAAGCACGGAGCUGACGCUUUAGGAGAAAACCCCGCCAUUGAGCACCUCCUAACAGACAUUAACAAAAAUAGGGUGGAGGACGAAAAAAUGGUUCAUAAGUUUGCACAUUUGAAAGGGGAGAGUCUCCUGACCGACAAGGAAGAAAAAAUUCCUCUAAUGGGUUACCUAAUAGAAUUGGUGGAGUAUAUAUUUUAUAAGUACUUCCAUUCUGUCAAUGCUAAUUUGCCCCUUGGUGAGGAGGAUGACGGGGGUUGCCACGACAUCUGUAGUAGCGGUACGUAUGCCAAUGCGAGUCGCAUGGAGGAGUGUAUACAGAAUGUCGAGCGGGCAUUCUGCGUUAAGCGGUUUGAAGUGGGCGAGGUGGUCAAAUCGAACAGGCACAACCUGACAGACAAGCAGAGCAACAACAGAACCGAUGUGCAGAGCGACCUCGGAAUCUUUGCCAAAAAGAAACAACUAAAAAAAGCGGUCAUCUUGUUGAACAUUUAUAAUAUAUUUCUGGAGAAUAGCAAAAAAUAUAGCCAGAGUUUCUUUUACCUCUCCUUCAAAAUUUUAAACACCCUUUUGUACGGCAUUAUUUAUGAGGGGGGAAAGUCAAUCAGGGGAAGAGGCAGAGACGGUGAAAGGAAUUACAACGAUGAGAAGAUCCUCACGGAGGAGAAGGAUCACUAUUAUAAACUCUCUUUUGAAACGUUCAAAAAUGUUAUCCUUUUUUUGAAGGCCUCCCUGGACAAACAGUUUAACGUCUACAUAUUGAUCAAUCACAUAGUGCGCCCGUGCCUGCUGUUCUUAUUUAUCAACUUUUUAAGUUAUAUAAAGAAAUGGGGCAUGCAAAUAAACUUUGCCAAAAUUGUGGAUGAUUUGGGAGACUUCCGAGUGAGGGAAGAUUACUUGGUUGCUGCAGACACUCCCUUCGUGAAGUAUCAAAGAAAGGAGGAAAAAUACUUCCUGUUUUUGUUAUACACAUAUAAGUUAAUGGGACAUUCCAGCGCUUAUGAGAUUACGCCUAUAGUUUCUCACAAUUUUCAACACAGUGGCAUUCAGAUGUUUACUCCGAAAUAUGUCAACAGCAGAAACCCUAAGGACUUUCUCAUCAUGCAGAGCGGCCAGGCGAAGUUUGCGGAGAUGAGGGCCGCGCGUAAGAAGAUGAAGCAGCAGAAGAAGCUGGACUACAACGAGCUGAGGAAGGAAAACAACUACCUUCUAGCCCUUAAAGCCAAGGAGGAACAGGAGAGGGUGCGCCGAAACCAGGAAAAAUACAAGAAAGUAAAACUCAUGGCAAAGAAGGACGUCGAGGAGUACAACAAGAUGAAGACGUAUACCCACUGA